UUCAAAUUCAUGCCAUUAGUUUCUUUAUGUAUCAAAUGUCCUUCCUACAUUCCAAAGAUACCAUCUGAACCACCCGAAUUCACAAUUCUUAGAUCUCAUCUUAAAUACGUCACUGAAAAAAUCUUAUACCGUGACGAUGAUGAAUAUUAUAACAUAAAAGGUUGCAAUUGUCGAAUAAUUCAUUAUCCUAUAGCAAUUGUUUAUGCUGCCAAUGUUUUAUAUGUACAAGAAUCAGUAAAUUGCGGUAACCAAUUGGAAACUUCAGUAGUCGCAAGGUCAGGUGGACAUUCAUAUGAGAAUUAUAAUUUAAGAGGAAGAAAUAGGGUGCUAAUGAUGGAUGUUGCAAACUUUGAUCAAAUCGUAGUUGACGAAGAAUCCCAGACUGCAGUGAUAGGGUCUUGUUCAAACUUUGGAAUUGGUGGUCAGGCUACUCCGUAA